CAGGGCUAGACAGGCGACACUGCGCCCGCCUCCGUCGCCAAGUGAAGUCGCUCCGAGAUUGAUUGUGUACACCGGAUAAGAGGAGCGAGCGAAAAAGAUGUCAAAACUGGACCAGGACCCGAACGCCUCGCUGAGCAUCAUGGAGCAAAUCAAGCAGCUCAUCCGCCCGCCGCCCAACGAAGACGAGAAGAUGAUGCAGCGGUCCACCAACACGAAGCAUCCAUACUACAGGCGCCCGGGCAGGGGCCACAACCAUGACUAUUGCGACGCCUGCGAGGAGGGCGGCAAUCUGCUGUGCUGCGAUCGAUGCCCCUCCAGCUUCCACCUGCAAUGCCAUGAUCCACCGUUGAGCGAGGAGGACAUACCCAGUGGCCAGUGGCUGUGCCACAGCUGCCGCAUGAGCAAGCUCUCCCAGCCGCCGGCAUCCUCCAAGGCCAGUUCCGUGGAGCGUGUGCCCUCGGCGGGCAGUGGCUCACGGGCGAACACUCCAUCGUCUGGCGAUCUGGAGUCCAUACCGCUGAAGAUCCGCAACCUCCGCAAGCGCAGCAACAGCGAACGCAAUAGCACCGAGAAGCUGCUGGCCAAAAUGCCGCUGGCCAUACAGCGCGCCCUCGAUCCCAACAAGAAGCCAACGCCGCUGGACGAUGUCAUCAGGGCGGCCACCAUGAUGAAUCCGCAGCAGUUCUCGCUGCCGCCGGAGCUCGAGCUGCACACCCAGUUCCCGGGCAAUGGCAAGGUGCAACCCGUACAGCCGCAUCCGCCGAGCGGGAAUGGCGGUAAUCGCAGAUGCGCCGGCAAUCAGCGCCGCAACUCCAAGCCCUUCGAGCUGGACGCCCAGGGACUGGUGCCGCUGCCCGCCAAAACCUGUUUCUACUGCACGCGCUCCUGCAAACGGGCGCCGCUCAUCUCCUGCGACUACUGUCCACUCUACUUUCACCAGGAUUGCCUGGAUCCGCCACUGACGGCACUGCCAGCUGGAUUGUGGAUGUGCCCCAAUCAUGCCGAGAAUUUUAUCGAUGCCAAUAUGACCAAUAGCAUUUCGGCCACGGAGCGUGUGCGCCUCUGGAAUCGCUUCCACCAGCCACUUGACCAUGAAAACGUCAAGCUUGAGUUCUUCCGGCGCGUCAACACGCGUAAUCCGCCCUUCCGCAUCAAGAGAAAUCUGCGUGCCCGCGCCCACAUCGAGGUGCCAGCCAUUGUGCGCUACCACUACGAUCAUCCGCCGCCGCUGCUGCCCUCCAUGCGCCAAACGCUGCGCUACGAUCGGGUGAAGCGGCGCAAUAACCUGCCCACCGAAGUCGAGGAGAUAUCCCGUGAGUCGGUCACCGAAUCGCUGCUCAAGGAUCUGGAGGCCUUGCGCUCGGCUCACGCCAAAUUCCGUGAGAUUCAGCGAGAAUUUGGCACCUUGGAGACGGCCGUGGAUGGCGAUAGCGACAGCGAUCCCAGUCCUGAAGACAAAAGAACGGAGACGAACACUCCCGCCGAUAAAGUGAAUGGCGAAGUGGUUUCGGAGAAUCCCAAUACAGAAUCGGAUGUGCAGGCCAGCGAACAGCCGUCGGUUGUCAAGGUGGAGUCCAAGACCAGCCCAGAGGUGGAGGCUAGCUUCGAGGAGGACGAGGAGGACAGCAAGAAAGCAACGGGUAUUAUCGAUGCAGACCUUUUACACCUGGACGUCGAUAUAAUCAAGAAGCUUGCGCACCAGCGUCUGCAGCAGCUGGUCGAAGAGCAUCCGGAGAUUGUGACACAGUACAAGAAUCGCACGGCCACUCGUCGCCUGCGUCAACUGACGGCGGCCGGUGGCAGCCAUGUGGCUGGUGAAACUGCUGCCCUGCAAGGCCAACUGGCGCCGGAGGAUAUGAACCGUUUCUCGCUGCUCUUCACCAGCGAAACGUCCUCCAUUCUGGCGCAGAAGAAUGGCAAUGCCGCCGACGAAGAUCCCGCAACGGCCCUGCAUCCAGCGCUAGCCACCGCGGCGGCCAUUGCAGCAGCAGAUGCCGCGGCCGAAAGCUAUGUGCCGCGUGCCCGUAGCGACACGGAGAAGGCCUACGAGCUGGCCUCGCGCCUGGAGAUCAAGCUGCUGCAGUGCAAGGUGCAGGCGCGUGCGGUGAUGACGCCACUGGGCGACAUGCUCGAGGACAGCCGCUGGUUCAGUUCGCUGGGGCUGGACCAUUCGAUUUUCAUGCGCUACCGCACGCUGUACAUUGGCUACGGGGGACACUACUCGCCAUCGACGACGCUGGCGCAAACGGAGACCGUAGACCUGUCGGCCAUUGGUUACUGCUGUCGCAUUUCGCCGCAGCACGCCAUCAUCUUCUACGACGAGUUCUCCAAGUCGUACGAGCUGAUCAACUACUCAGAGUUCGGCACCGAGGUGAAUGGGCAGCUGUAUGCCUGCGACGUGACCGACAGGAUGACAACGCACGCCGGCAAACCGAUGCGACCUGACGAUGCGGAGCUGAAGAAGCGCGUCGACGAGAUGCUGGACAAGCGGCGGAACAUUAAUCGCCAGUUCGAGACGAAGAAGAUCGACAAAGAACGAUUGGCGCCCAUGGUUAAGCCCGCCUGCCGCUGCAUGAACGCCGGACCAGUGCCCAUGGUGGACGGCGCCUGGGAGGGAUCGGCGGUGCUGGCUCACGGCAGCCUGCUGCGAUUCGGUUGCCUGUCGUUUGUGUUCGUGGUGCCGUCGGUGGAUCUGCUGCAGGCGCAGGCGCGCAGCAAGCGAUCGUAGGACCCAGACUCCAUCAGCAUCGGGAGCACUUACUUUAAGCAUUAAGACACAGAAACAGAUACGCGCUCAACCGCCGCCAACUCCAGUGGAGCAGCACCAAUCUCAGUGGGGCAGCUAGCAGCCAGGCAUAGGUUAGGGUUAGGGUUAGCAAGAUACCAGUUCAAUUUCAUCCCACAUCAAUCAUCGCAAUUCAAAGCCUCGGCAAUACUUUUAAAUCCCAUCCAGCAUUAAGGGUAUAUAUUUGCCUUAUGUCCAUUGCAAUAAAUGCGGAAUUCAAACCAUCAAACCACGGAUGUGCACGGCUGCAGGCUAAUCUAUGCCAGUGGCCAGUGGAUCUCUGGUUGCAAAUUCCCUAUUUAUUGAAUUAACCAUUAUGAUCACGAUUAUUUUACUUUUACUGUAAAGAUUGUAUAAAUUGCUAAAAUGAAAUAAACUUGUAAGAUCUAA